UAUAAAGGGACUUAGUCGAAGGAAAAUGAAUGAAUGAAUGAAUGAAUGAAUAACAGCCCUACCGAGACACAACGUCAAAGUAUUAUUCAAUUAAAACGUUCAGUUGCUGUACAGGACAACUUCAAAGCAGGUUAACGUUCAGUUUCAUCUUACUGAAGUGUCUCAGUCAAGAAUAGCUUCAUACCGCAUGCAAUGGAAAAAAUAAACAAACGCUACAUCAGAUGCUCCUUCGCAAAAGUAUCAAUGUCCAGUUCAAAACGCUCCAGCACAUGUUCUUCCACUACGUCUUCAGGUUUCCACUACGCUCUGACAUCAGCGCGUCACGUGAGCUCAGCAGAGCCCGUAUGUGCGGAACACGGGCGCUGGUGACCGACGGGAAUGUGAGCAAGUCCGCGGGAGGAUGUUAGAUAGGAUGGAGUGUUCUGGAGGAACUUCGUCUGUGAAAUCCACCAAGACUUAAAAAACAGCCAUAUAUUUCCAUCGUCCGCCAUUUAGAAGGGACUCUAGGAUCACUUGUUUUGGCUCGUGCGGUUGAUCUGCGGCGAAUGUUGGUGCAAAGAGCCUCAGGUUGUGCACCCUCGCGCGGAUCGUAGACGGGCUCGGCAGGUACACGCUUACCGUACACCGGCAGAGGGGAUGUUAUCGGUACUUUCUUAUGGCAGGAUCGUUGCCAGGGCUGUCCUGGGCGGACUCUCGCAAACGGACGGCAGAGACUAUAGUCUGAUCACGGCCAGCUGCGGCUUCGGAAAGGACUUUCGGAAGGGGAUCCUGAAGAAAGGCAUGUGCUACGGGGAUGAUGCCUGCUUCAUCGCCCGACACAAGUCCGCGGAUGUCUUGGGUGUUGCGGAUGGUGUUGGGGGCUGGAGGGAUUACGGCGUGGACCCGUCUCAGUUCUCUGCCACACUGAUGAAGACGUGUGAACGGCUGGUGAAGGAGGGACGAUUCACUCCCAGCAGCCCCGUGGGCAUCCUGACCUCUGGCUACUAUGAGCUCCUGCAGAACAAAGUACCAUUGCUGGGAAGCAGCACAGCUUGCAUUGUUGUUCUGGACCGUCGCAGUCACAGGAUACACACCUGUAAUCUGGGAGACUCGGGCUUCCUGGUGGUUCGAGGAGGAGAAGUGGUUCAUCGGUCAGACGAGCAGCAGCACUACUUCAACACACCCUUCCAGCUGUCCAUCGCCCCGCCGGGAGCCGAGGGUGUCGUGUUGAGCGACAGUCCUGAGGCUGCAGAUAGCUCCUCCUUUGACGUCCAAUUGGGGGACAUUAUUUUGACUGCUACUGAUGGCCUCUUUGACAACAUGCCUGACUACAUGAUCCUGCAAGAACUCAAGAAACUGAAGAACACCAACUAUGAUAGUAUCCAGCAGACUGCACGCAGUAUCGCUGAACAGGCUCAUGAAUUGGCCUAUGACCCCAACUACAUGUCCCCUUUCGCCCAGUUUGCCUGUGACAAUGGGCUGAAUGUAAGAGGGGGAAAGCCUGAUGACAUCACAGUGCUGCUGUCCAUUGUGGCAGAAUAUAAAGACUGAGCGCUCUUGGUGGAGCUUGCUCCUCUCUUACACCCGUGUCUUCCACCCCUGUCCUAUUGCACUGCUCCCCAUCUCACAUCUCCUAGCACCCCUUUCCAUUCUCCCAUUUCUCGAGUCGAUCUCCAGUCAACACAGGGAGGAGGAAGGCAUGAACUAGAUUGCGUGGUGGUGAUGAUGAUGAUGCAGGCAAUAUCAAGUCAUCUACAAUUGUCCAGAAUUGAUGACCUCAUAUGUGUCCAAACAGCUUUUGGGAAUCUUUCAUCGAUGUGUGUUGUUAAUCUAGUUUUCCAAAAGGCAAGGACAGCCAUGCAUUACUCACAAAAGCUUGGUUCAUUGUGAAAGGAGCUGUUGCGGUUCAUUUGUGUGGCUCAUGCAAAUGCUGUCUAAGUUUCGAGGGAGAAAUUUGAGUGUUUCUAAAGUCCUGAGUGCUUCUAGGUGUGUGAACGUGUAUAAUGUGUGGUUGUCGGUUGACUAGUUGAGCUGUAAGGGAGUGGUAGGUUAAAGUUUAGAAAAGGACUGUUCAAUCUCGCCCCAGGAAGGUCAUUCUCCUGCAGAGUUCAACUAUGACACUUGAUCAGAAGUUUCUAGAGAGUCUAAAGACCUUAAUUGGGUAUGUCAGGUUUGUUUGGUUGAGAUUUGUAUUUAGAGGGGUUCAUUGGUUCACUCGAAUACAAACAUCCUAGACACAAGUGGGUUAUUAAAUUCUCCAACCCACUGGUCACAAUUGAUAGCUGUACUAGGCAGCACUAUAAAUUAAUAAUAAGUCAUGAAGUGGCCACAUCGGUCAUCAGGACACCAGAAUUACUAUGCGGCUGCAGGUUGUGCUCACAACAAUGGAGUUAACAUUUGGUUUGAAAAUAAAGGCUGUCCAGUUGGACUUUGGUCCAGUUUAUUCUGAUUGGGUUUACUUGGUUAGUGAGUUGGCUCUUCCAAAAUUGCAUUUUGGGCUUUGAAAAAAAGCGAUUUGAGUCAAUUUGGGCCAGGGACAGAUCUUAGGACCUGAGAAAACCUCUAGAAGGCCCUUAUUCUACCAGAGUGAGCCAAGUUCUGGUUCAGAGAUGCUAUUCUAAGGACCAGUCUGCUACCAGACUAGAGAGCCACUACAAAGCCAGUUCUGAUGUGACUAUAAAUAGGUCUCAUCUUUCCCAGCAACGCAAAUGCAGAAGCGUCAAAUACAAACACAUCAUCUACAAAGGCAGCUGUUGCAUUAUUAAUGUUAAUGCCCUUUGCUAAACAACAAUGGCAUCCAAACACAGCGAAUCCAUCAUGUUUGCUGUCAUUUUUAUAAACUGAGAUUACAAGCAAGAAUAACAUGUUUUUGGAGUUCGCUAUCAUUUUAUUGACACGCAUUAUAGGUGAGAAUAACAUGUUUAGCAUUGUGUUUGGCUUCUAUUUCAGAAGUGGCAGUCAAAAUGACCCUUGUUGGUCACAGUAACACUCCAGCCUGAUACGAGCAGUUCUUUCUUCUACCCAGAAAUGUUUUGGUGCUACUCCUCAACAACUUUUUCUAGUUCAGAGCUGGUGCUUUUGGGUGUCGAAUGUAACCGAUUUGGACCUAGGCUCUGCUUCUGGUCCAGCUUUAAAACUGCUUUGAUGGCAAAGGGCUAUAGUUGUAGCUAAACUCUGCAGGACAGUGGCCUUCCUGAUUUAAAGGGGGUGGCCUGGAGAGAUUUUAACCUGUUUGUAAAUGCAAGUGCUUUAGGAUGUGCUGGCUAGUUGUGUUCAAUCAGCAUAUUUACUUUGAGUUAUACAGCCACUUUGAGAGGUCUCGGAUAAUGGAUUGCAAGUUCAGAGAGAAGGAGAUGGCCUAUAAUGCACAGCUAGUGUUUGUUUAUGAAAGAUACAAAUGAAACCACACAGAGAAUGUCACAGAUUUGCUCACUCACGGGGAUGGUGGAUGUUGACUGUGAAUGCGUGUUUGGAUGUACAUUUACAUGACUUCACCUUUUGAGUUUAGAAGUCGACACGCACAAAUGGCUAGCAUCUGGCAAUGCUUUUUAUGAAUUGAAAGGUCAGGUAUAUAAAAAAAUGUUUUAUUUUUAUAUAUAUUUACUUGGAUUGCCGUUAGAUUAACCAGAAUGUAGAAGUAUGGGAAACGUUGGUCGACAGUGAGGCCUUUUGGCGUCUUCUGCGCUCCCUAUCAAGGCUUGGGUUAUUUUUUUAAUUGACUGAAGGCUAUCUUUUUUUUGUUUUUCUCUAUCACUCUAGAUUGGUUCUGGAGAACUUUUUCACGUUCAUGUGCUGCUUUAAUUUUGUAAAUUAUAAAUGUGUGACUACAUUAUUUAUAUGAAUGUUUUUACGUGUACAAUAAAAAUGGGUGAGCUGGUGGCGAUUUUAUUUCACAAAACGGCAACAGUUUAAGCAGACCGUUAAGUGUGAUCGACUUGCAGUCUUUCGUUAGUAAUGGGACAUAUUUGCCUGUAUGAAAAGCAGAAAUUACACACAAUGUUUUGUCAACUUUUUUUAUAAUGGAAAAGCAAUGCAAUAUUUGAAUUAUCUCUAUUUGUUUGAUUGUUUUUUGUUUGUUUGUUAUAUAUGCAUGCCCUUGAUGGCAAACCUCACUCAUCUAUUUGAUUGGUUAAUUGCCUAUUUCUGUCCCAUAAAUGAUAUUUUAGGCUGCCAUUCAAUAACCUGUCUAAAGCCUCCUUUCUACUGCACACGACAUUCGGACAUGACUGCCAGAAUAUGCCCACUUGUGGCAGUCGCACAGAGUUUUCUGUUUUGUCAUGCACCAUGGGAGGAAAGCUCAUUCUCACGGUGUCUGAAAUAAAGAAGUGCAAAAGCUAGAGCCAUUAUUGUCCGUCCAUUGUCCAUGGUGGAAUGAAUGAUUUAAUGAAUACUAGAAACUCAUAGACUGCUAAAAAUUUUGGAGGGUAUAUGGAGACGACAUUUAAAAAAAAUAAAAAUAAAUAAAACAAUAUAUAUAUAAAAAUAUAUAUAUUUAUAUAUAUA